CAUGAAGAUAAUAAUUGGACUUUUGACCAUCAUCUUGGGGUUAUGUUAUUGUAGUACUAUUGAAACUACAAGACCUUGUACUUGUCAAUAACUAUCCUAAAAUGAUUGUAUAAAAAAUAAUUCUUGCUCUUGGAAUUAAACAUGUGAUGUCAAAACUAUAACUUAAUCUAAAUCAAUUACUUAUUGUAGUUACUUAAAUGAAUAGUAAUGUCAAUUAGACGAUGUUUGUUAAUGGGAUAAUGCUAAAUGCACCUUCUUUACAGGGUGUACUGCAUAUAAAUUAACAUCUGAUAGGGAAUGCAGAGCCAUAAAUAAAAGAUGCUAUAAAUCAGAUCUUAAAAAAUGUAUUGAAUUAAGUGAAUGUAUUGAUUAUACAGAUCCAAUUGUUUGUUUUAUGGAUGUAAAUUAAAGAUAUUGUAAUUGGGAUACAAAAAUCAAUAGAUGUUCAAAAGCUCUGGAUUGUUAAUCUUAACCAUCUGCUUUAGAUACUGAUGCUAAAUGUAGAUCAUAGAUUCCCACUUGUACAACUAAACCAGGUGGUGGAUGUAUUGAUGCUUAUUAGAGUUGUUCUGAUAUCACACUUGAGAUCUAAUGUUUUUAUAAUAAAGAUUAAUCUUCAUAAUGUUUUUGGGAUAGUUCUCUUAAUCCUCCUUAAUGUAAAAUAAAAAUAUGUGAGAAUGCUCCUGUGACUAUGAAAACAGAUGAAUAAUGUAAAUAAUUUUUAGAAUAAUGUACAACUUAAAUGAAUGGUGGUUGUGUCUAAAGAUCAUCUUGUGAUGCAGCUAAUACAAAAAAUGCAUGUAUUAAAGAUUAUUUUGGAAAUGAUUGUUUUUGGGUAGAUGGUUAUUGUAAAUAAAAACUAUGUAAUAAUGCAACAAAAGAUAUUGUAACUAAUGUUGGUUGUUAAUCAAUUAGUUAAGAUUGUAUAACAAAAUCAGGUGGUGGUUGUAUGACUAAUGGAGAAUGUUCUAUUGCAAAUGUUGAUUAUGCAUGUAAAAAGAAUUUAAGAGGAGAAUAAUGUUUUUGGGAUUCUAUUACUUAAUCAUGUAAAGAUAGAACUUGUAAUAAUGCUCCUUAAAGUCUAUCUACAUUUGAAUAAUGUAGUAAAUUUUUAUCAACUUGCACUGUAAAUUCUCUUAAAUAAGGUUGUGAAAAUAGAACUUGUGAAAAUGCACCUAUAUUUGUUACUACUCUUAUGGGAUGUUAAGAAUAUCAUAAUGUUACUUGUAUACCAAAAAAAGAUGGUGGAUGUGUUACAAUAAAUACAUGUGAAGAAAUUCAAUUAGAAAUUGGUUGUCUUGUUGAUAAUUAAUAACGUCCUUGUUUUUGGAAUAAUGAAAAAUGUUAAUUAAAAAUAUGUAGUAAUAUUCCUAAAACUAUAUAUGAUCAAGAAUCAUAAAGUUAAUAACCUGUUACUCUUGAUCAUUCUAAAUGUAAUGAAUUUAUGUAAACAUGUACAAUUAAUUAAUAAGCUACUAAUUGUAUUAAUUACACAUGUGAUAAUGUUUAAGAUUAUAACAUAUGUAUAUAAAAUGAACAAUGUUAUCAUCGUUAAACUUGUUUCACUAAAACAUGUUUUACUGCUCCUUUAUCUUAUAUAACUCAUUAAUAAUGUUAUCAAUAUUAAAAUACAUGUACAAUUGCUCCAUCAGGAUAAGGAUGUUCACUUAUGUUAUAAGCAUGUAAUCUAUAUAAAGUAAAAUUAUAAUGUGUUCAAUCAGUUACUAGUGCAUGUGAAUGGUAAGGAAAUUCUUGUGUUGUAAGAUAAUGUAAUUUAGCUGAUAUUUCAUAUAAUACAACUUUGAAAUGUAAGUAAUAUUUAUCUGGAUGUGUUGUCAAUAAUUAAGAAAAAGGAUGUAUACCUGAAAUCACAAAAUGUGAGGAUAGUUAGAUACAAUAAAAUUGUACAUUGGAUAUAUGUUCAUGGACAAACAAUAAAUGUGUUACUAAAUAAUGUAGUAAUCAAAAAACUGAUUGUGCAUAAUAUAAGACUCCAAAAAAAUGCAUCAAUAAUGAAACUAAAACUUCAUGUAUGGAUGUUCCAACUACAUGUACAUUAUUACCUAAAGAAUAUUGUUUAACAAAUACUUCUUUUGAUUUGAUUAGUAAAUAUUGUUAUUUGGAUGAUAGUGAUAAUUGUGUAGAACUUACAUUAUAAAAUGAAUGUAAUAAUUAUACUGUUUAAACUUAAUGCAUUAAAAGAAUUAAUAAUAAAGGUAAUUGUAUUUGGGUUAAUGAAAAUUGUUAUAAUGAUGAUUGUACUUAAUUACCAAAUACAUUAACUUCAUCUACAUAAUGUUAAUAAGCAAUUUCUAGGUGUAUAUUAAAUAAUACAGGUUAAGGAUGUACAAAUAAAGAUGAAUGUUCAUCAUAUAAUAAUUUAAAUUGUGAUUAAUUAGAUAAAAAUGAUUAUUAAUGUGUUUAUAAGAAUAGUUAAUGUCAAAAGAAAUCAUGUACAACCAGUGAAGCUACUAAUCAUACUGAUUGUUAUAAAUAUAUGACAACAGGAAAUAAAUGUACUGUAAAUAUUAAUAAUAAUGGUUGUAUUGAAUUGACAUAAUGUUCUAAUUAUAAAAAUUAGUAAUAAUGUGUUAUUAGUAAUUUAUAAAAAGAUUGUUAUUGGUCUAAUAGUAAUUGUUAUGAAAAGAAAUGUUCUUUAGAUACAGUUUCAACAACACAUGAAGAAUGUUAAUCAUUUAUGAGUAAUUGUACUUUAAAUACAAGUACAAAUAUUGGAUGUAUGGAAUUCCCUGAAUGUACAUAGAUUUAAGAACCAUCAAUAUGUAAUUCUAAUCCUAAAUGUGUAUUUUUAUCAAGUAGUUGCAUUGUAAAAACAUGUGAAAAUGCUAUAUUGACUGAAUAUAAUGAAUCAAAUUGUAAGAGUUUGCCUUUUGAAGGUUGCUCCUUUGAUAGCAACUUCUGCAGUACAAAAACAUGUUCUUAGUAUGAAUAUAGUACAGAUGAGGAAUGUAGUUAAUAAAAUUAAUAUUGUACAACAAAUGGAAAGACAUGUAUAGAAAGAUUAGAUUGUAAUAAGGCUGUUGCAGAAUAAGGAUGUAAAAAAGAUAUGUUUGGUAAUCUUUGUUAAUGGAUUGAUGUAUCAAAGACAUGUACAUUAAGAAAUUGUUCUACUGCACCAACUUCAUUAACAACUGAAACUUAAUGUUAAUAAUAUUAUGAUGGAUGUACUACCAAAUUAGGUGGAGGAUGUACAAUCAAAUCUAUAUGUUAAGCUGCAAAUGUUUAAGCAGCAUGUAAUAUUUCAAAAUAUGGAGAAAUAUGUAGUUGGGAUGAAACUCUAUAAUAAUGUAGAAAUUAAUCAUGUAUUGAUUUUAAUGGAGUUGAUUAUAAAUCAUGCAAUAAAUAAAAUAGUAAUUGUACUACUAAUGGUUUGGGUAAAUGUAUUGAAAUUGUUUAUUGUAGUUAAUAUGUAAAUGCAUAAUCAUGCAUAAUGGGAGGAGAUGGUCCUUGUUUAUGGGUUAAUGGAUAAUGUUAUUUAUAUAGAGAUUGCACUAGUAUUAAAUUUAAAACACAUUAAGAAUGUCAAUAAAUAAGUGAUAAAUGUACUACUGAUGGUAAUAAAUGUGUUUCUAUUACUGAAUGUAGUUAAACUAAUAUUAAUGGAGGAUGUUUUUAAGGUAUUGAAGGUAAAUGUAUUAUGACAUUAAAUGAUAAAAAUGUUAAAGUUUGUACUAAUUUUAAUAAAUGUGCUGAUGCCAAAUUCAAAACUCAUGCAGAUUGCUAUUAAGCUAAUAAUAGUUGUACAACUGAUGGAACCUAAUGUAUUGAAUUACUUGUUUGUAAAGAUUACAAAAUAUAAGAAUAAUGUUAUUUAGAUCUCAAAGGAACUAUUUAUGUAAAUAAUAAAAUUUAAUCCACUGGAAUAUGUAAAUGGGAUGGAUCUUGUAGAUCAUAAAUAUGUGAAGAUCUAGUAGGUACUACACAUUCUAUUUGUAAUAAUCAAAUGAUGACUUGUACUUCAAAUGGUACUAUUUGUUAUACAAUGGACAAAUGUUAAAAUUAUUCAUAAAAGGAAUUAUGUACUAAUGGUUUAGGUACAGAUGGAAGAUGUUUAUAUUCUACUGAAAAUACAAAAUGUUAACUUAUGACAUGUAAUGAUAUCACUAAUAAUACAUGUAAUACUCUUGAUAAUUGUCUUACAGAUGGUACAAAAUGCAUUGCAAAAACAAAAUGUGCUUCUUAUACAAGUCAAGUACCUUGUGAGAAUUCAGGAACUGAUGGAACAUGUCUAUGGAAUGUAACUACUAAAUAAUGUACUUUAUUUUCAGCUUGUUCAAAUGCUAUUGAUUAAAAUCAGUGCAGUAAAAUGAAUAAAGUAUGUUAUUGGAAUGCUGAAACUACAAAAUGUAUUGACUUAACUUGUGAACUCUAAUUUAAAUCUACUAAUAAUUGUAUAAAUAUUUCAACUUGGACUCCUUCUUAAAUUAGAACAUGUAGUCUUGUUAAUGGUGUUUGUAAAGAAAUUGAUCCCUAAGCUUAUGGACCAAGUGAAUGUUAUUAAUUAACGUAAUUUACAUAUACAUACAACACUUCUACAUAAAAAUGCACAUAAUGUUCAACUACAAACAAUAAUUAGACAAAUAACACUGUUAAUGACACUAAUAACAAUACAGUAGAUAGCUAUUAAUAUAUAAUUGCUUUGGGACUUUAAAUGUUAUCGUUAUUUUUAUUAUGA